GAGAACCCAGAUAUAUUCCAGGGAGAGGAGUUUGUACAUUUGCAAAGCUAUGGACUCAGGGGUGGCAAAGCUAGGGAGCUCUCUCUUGGUGCCUUGUGUUCAGGAGCUAGCAAAGGGGCCAUUAGUAAAAGUUCCACCUCGAUACGUUCGCACUGAUGAAGAGCCUCCCAUCUUAUCUGACACCAAUUCGUUGCCACAAGUCCCUGUUAUAGAUAUGCAAAAGUUGUUUCUGAAGAAUAAGGAUCUCGAGCUGGAACAGUUGCAACGGGCAUGUAAAGAGUGGGGUUUCUUCCAGUUAAUCAACCACGAAGUGAGCACUUUAUUGGUGGAAAACGUGAAGUUAGAGAUCCAAGAGUUCUUCAAUCUCCCAAUGGAAGAGAAGAAGAAGUUUUGGCAAAAACCAGAUGACAUCGAGGGUUUGGGCAGGCGGUUUGUUGUUUGUGAAGAGCAGAAGCUUAACUGGGGAGACAUGUUCUACAUGGUCACCCUCCCAACUUAUUUGAGGAAACCUCACUUCCCAAAGCUCCCACUUUCGCUAAGGGAAAACUUGGAAGCAUAUUCAGCAGAACUGAGAAACCUUGCCAUGACAGUACUUGGCCUCAUGGCAAAAGCUCUAGGGAUGGAUCCUAAUGACAUGAAAAUUCUGUUUGAAGAAGGGCAUCAAGCGAUGAGGAUGAACUAUUAUCCGCCAUGUCCAGAGCCGGAGCUUGCAAUUGGCCUCAACUCUCACUCUGAUGCUGUUGGCCUCACCAUUCUACUCCAAAUCAAUGAGAGGGAGGGCCUCCAGAUAAGGAAAAAUGGGACAUGGAUUCCUGUUCAACCCCUUCCAAAUGCUUUUGUGAUCAAUAUCGGAGACAUAAUGGAGAUUGUUUCCAAUGGGAUUUACCGUAGCAUUGAGCACCGUGCGACCGUUAAUUCAGUCAAAGAAAGGCUUUCAAUUGCUACAUUUUACAGCCCGAAAUUGGAUGGAGAUAUGGGACCAGCACCAAGCCUCGUUACUCCACAAACUCCAGCAGUGUUCAGGAGAAUCGGGGUUGCUGACUACUUCAAGGGUUAUUUGUCCCGCGAGCUACGUGGAAAAGCUUAUGUGGAUGUCUUGAGGGUUCAAUAUGAGGAAAUAAAUAAAAACUAAUAAUUGAAUCUGAGUCCCAUGUACAUCAAUUAAACACCAGAGAACUACCAUAUGAUAGAAUAAAUGUCCCAGACAUCAGUGUUCACUCUAGAAUAAUUAUUUAUAGGCUGAUCAGUUGGGUUCCAAUGGCGGGCCAAGGCGGGGGUUCAACCACAUAUUUAUAGAGGCUAGGCUUGACCAACUGGGCUGGACCGAAAAUAAAACAUAUGUUACUCUAGUUACCAAUUUUAUAACUUUUCCAAAGGAUGAUAAAAUAUAUCUAGUUACCAAUUUUGGUAAUAUUGAAUUCUAUUUUUAUUAUUA